UUGCAUUUUCAUUUGAAUUAUGUCACAAUUUAUGCGCUCACAAAUAGGAAAUGCGAUUGCAAAUGAUGCAGUUUGAAUAUUAGCCGCAAAAUACUUCCACAUUUAUGUAUGUUUGUUAGCUUCACACAGAAUAAGGCUGGGACACUUAUUUGCACUCUACAAUUGAAUUCCUCGCAUGAAAAUGACGUCACGUCCUGAAAAUAACAAGAUUUCAGGAAAGAUUAAAGUAUUGAAAGUAAGAGUUGACGACAGGAACAUGCCUAAUAUUAAUAUUUUAUAUUGAAUAAUAAGCAAAAAUGAUUUAUUCUGUCUAUUAUGAAACAACCAUCACAGGCUGUGCUAAAUGCCCUAAUCCCUGAUCAUGAAGCAGAUGCAUUCAGUCCUCCACGGGCAGAGGAACCGCUCAUCUUGGACCACACCAUCGAGAUGCUCUUUAGUGGCUUGGGCCGCUGGGAUGCUGAACAUUUUCUCUUCAUAGCAGAGCAUGGCUACUUGUUUGAGCACAACUUUGCUUUCUUCCCACUCUUUCCACUGGUCCUGCGUUCAGUAGCGACCCUCCUGCUGUGGCCUCUGUGUCCCUUUCUGACAGUACAUGGACGUUUACUCGUGAUGGUGGCCAUAGCUAAUAGCACGCUCUUUGUGAUGAGCACAGUGGCACUUUAUGGACUAAGCCGCCUGGUUUUACAGGACCGAAAGCUUGCCCUGAUCUCAAGCCUUAUCUACUGCCUCACACCGGCCAAUGUUUUUAUGUUAGCAGGCUAUUCAGAAAGUCUUUUUGCACUUCUCACCUUUGGUGGUUUGUACUUAUUGGAGAGGGGGUUUACAAUUGGAGCAUGCUUCCUUCUAAGUCUCGCCACUGCUGCACGUGCUAACGGACUUGUGACUGCUGGCUUUCUGGUAUACCUGCCCCUGCAGCGGAGUCUCACUCAGGUGUUUAACAAAGGAUCCGGAUGGCACUACAGCUGGGCAGCUCUGAAGUUUUUGCUUUCAUCACUACUUUAUGUUGCAGUCAUUGUGCUACCAUUUUGCCUCUUCCAGUUUUAUGGCUACUACACAUUCUGCCUGCCAUCUCUGACUGAGGAGCAGAUUUCUCCUGCUUUCCUCAACCUGGCCAGGGAGAAAGGAUACAGAGUUCCUGAUGCAGCAGCACCUGCACCGAGCUGGUGCAUGAAACCUGUUCCAGUGCUCUACGCCUACAUUCAGGAUGUGUACUGGGAUGUCGGGUUCCUCCGAUAUUUCCAGUUAAAACAGAUACCCAACUUCCUCUUGGCACUUCCAGUUGCUACACUGAGUGCCCUGGCAUCAUACAUGUAUAUAAUGGCUAAUCCACGAUUUUGUUUGCAUCUCGGGCUGGGGGAGAUUGGAAAGAAAAAGAAAGAAGGAAAAACACCAACUGGCCUCUACUGCCCAAAGGUGUUUGUGUACAUUAUUCACUGCUCUGUGUUGCUAACAUUUGGCAUAUUCUGUAUGCAUGUCCAGGUGCUUACACGUUUUCUAGCCUCAUCUACGCCUGUUAUCUAUUGGAUCAGUGGUCACCUUCUUCUUUCCUGUGAACCCUUAUUAAAAGAAGAUAAAAACUUGGCUUACGGCCAGCGACAGAACACCUUGGAACAAAACAUUUAUCAUUUUUCCUUAAUGUGCAUUAACAACCCUAUCACUCAGCUCCUGAUGCGAUGGAGGACUUGCUCCUUUCCCACCCACUGCAUUCUGGGAUACUUCAUCUCAUAUUGGCUGUUAGGUUUGUCUCUGCACUGCAACUUCCUACCUUGGACUUGACAGAAAAGGUAUGGCUAGACUCUUUGUUUUGGUGUGAGCCACAUUUGUACAUCUGCACUAUCUUGCCUUCUGUUUGUGGAUUCUCAUGAAGAUCUGCUUAACAAGAUUAUUUUAAAAUCUUGGUUGUCAUAAAAAUGUCAGCUUUCGGUUGUACUGUAAAACAGCGAAUGCUUUGGCUCUUUUUUCAAUAAACUUAUGCAUUCUUUAACUUA